CGGCUCGACUGGCAUCACUGGUUGGAAGUUCCAAAUUUCUCCUGCUGAGAAAGAGGGCAAAUUGGUGGGCAGUUCUGUCCUUCUCAUAGCCUUUUUUAAAGUAAUUGAAUUAUUUGCAGAAAGUUAAUAUACUAAUUGAAAUUGAAUGCAAUUAAAGAACUCAUAAGCAAUUGUAAAAUGGGAAGAUCUAGUAGUUAUACAUGGGUGAUACAAAAUUUCGAUUCGUAGUACUCACAUGGACAUAGCACGAAAUAAAUUUGCACUACCGGUUAGCUCGGUAUUUGUUUAAUAAUUACUGUUUCUGUAUAAUUGUAACCGCAAUGACUGCGUUGAGUGGUUUCAUGGAAUUCUUUCAGAAAGGAAAGACAUUUAGACCAAAGAAGAAGUUUACUCACGGAACAUUACGAUAUUCCUUGUAUAAACAAGCACAGGCUUCCCUUAAUUCUGGAAUUAAUUUAAGGUCUGCCGUGAAACUGCCUCCUGGAGAGGAUCUUAAUGACUGGAUUGCUGUUCAUGUUGUAGACUUUUUUAAUAGAAUAAACCUAAUAUAUGGCACUGUUUCUGAAUAUUGUGAUUCCGCAUCCUGUCCAACUAUGAGUGGUGGAGCUCGUUUUGAAUAUUUAUGGGCAGAUGGUGAAAAAUAUAAAAAGCCAACAGCAUUACCAGCACCACAAUAUGUUAGUCUUCUGAUGGAUUGGAUUGAAGCACAAAUAAAUAAUGAAACCAUAUUUCCAGUGUCAACAGAUGUACCAUUUCCAAAAACAUUUGUACCGCUGUGUAGAAAAAUCUUAACGCGCUUAUUUAGAGUUUUUGUUCAUGUCUAUAUACAUCAUUUUGACCGUAUUGUAGCAAUAGGAGCAGAAGCACACGUGAAUACAUGUUACAAACAUUUUUACUAUUUUGUAACAGAAUUUGAAUUAAUAAGCACAAAAGAAUUAGAACCAUUGGCUGAAAUGACUGCUAAAGUUUGUAAAGAUACUGCAUCACCAACAUUGACCACAGCACCGCAAAGUAAUGCUAGGUAGUCAUGAAACUUAUUAAUUGCAUAAUUAUGGUAAUCAAACUAUAAAAGUGAGUUUCUUUUAAUAUAAGUACAAGUACAAAAAAGUAAUGACAAAAUUGUUUAUUAUUAGGAUGCUAAAAAAUAUUAAUAUUUCUAUGAUUUUUAUAACUAUUUUUAUUAGCAUUUAGUACCUCGAGGAAGAAUCUUAUCGAAAGCUUUAUUAUGUAUAGCGCUCAAAUUUAUGAUCUUAUUACUAUAAUAAUAACGCAAUUCCACCAUUGCGUUAAAAGUAAUCCUUCUAUGUGGAAUACAAAAUUAUUAAUUUAA